UCCAUGCUGGGACCAAACCACACUGCAGUGUCUGAGUUCAUCCUCAUUGGCUUCUCCACAUUCCCCCAUCUUCAGCUGAUGUUCUUUGUGCUCUUUCUGCUGAUGUACUUGUUUACACUGCUGGGCAACCUUCUCAUCAUGUUGACAAUCUGGAGUGAGCGGAACCUCCACACUCCCAUGUACUUCUUCCUAUGUGCACUCUCUAUCUCAGAAAUCUUCUACACUUUUGCCAUUAUCCCUCGCAUGCUCACUGACCUGGUCUCCAAUCGUCACACCAUCUCCUUCCUGGGCUGUGCCAACCAGAUGUUUUUCUCCUUCAUGUUUGGUUUCACCCACUCUUUCUUGCUUACGGUCAUGGGCUAUGACCGCUAUGUGGCCAUCUGCCACCCUUUGCGCUACAAUGUGCUCAUGAGUCCACAGGGUUGUACCUGGCUGGUAGCUUGCUCGUGGUUUGGUGGCAUGGUAAUGGGGCUGGUGGUUACACUUGCCAUUUUCCACUUGCACUUUUGUGGGCCCAACGAAAUCCACCAUUUUGCCUGCCACGUACCCCCAUUGGUGAAGCUUGCCUGUGGGGAUAUUUGGUCUGUGGCCCUGGGAGUGGGAAUGGUCUGUAUCACAGCCCUAUUGGGCUGCUUCCUCCUCAUCCUUAUUUCCUACGCCUUCAUUGUGUCCACUAUCUUGAGGAUCCCUUCAGCUGAGGGCCGACACAAAGCCUUUUCUACCUGUGCUUCCCACCUCACUGUGGUUGUUGUGCACUAUGGCUUUGCUUCUGUUAUCUACCUAAAGCCCAAGGCCCCAGAAUCACUUGAAGGAGAUACUUUGAUGGGCAACUAUACUAUCCUUACUCCCUUCUUGAGCCCUAUCAUCUUUAGUCUGAGGAACAAGGAACUGAAGAAUGCCCUACAUAAAGUCUUUCUCAACAAUUUAUUUCCACAAAAACUGUAG